UUGGGGAGGGCGGGGGAGUACUACCUGGACUGUAAAUAAUGUAUAGUAUUGAAAUAUUUAUUGGCAAAUACAACGCCACUCAUUUUAGAUGGCUAAAUUUAACUUUUCAUGCAAAGAGACCUAACUGACUGGGUGAAAGGCUGAAGUGGCAGAGAGAGCAACUAAAAGGAUUAUUGUGCGUCAGGAAAUCUCUCUUCCUGCUGCCGACUACGCAAAAUAAUCCCAGUGUUUCUCCAUAAGGAAGCACUAAAUAAGAGCUGUUGGUGGCCGCUUUGAAUAUAUCUUACCAAGAUGAUUGCGUGCUCCGUUUCCAAAAAGAUGGCAUCAUCUUCUCUUAUUUCUCGACAAGACUGGGAGUUUACAUGGAUGUUAACUGAUGCUGUGACAGAACAAAGGUUGGUGUUUUCCAAAGUGGACAUGGAUGGCAACCUUUCAACAUUUAGGAAAUCAUGGGAGACUUUGAGGAAUGUUUAACUCUGCUGAUGUUUAAAAAGUGAUGUGCAGCAACUUUAUCCAAGCGUUACAACCUCCGUUUCAACUUAGGGACAUUUAAAACAUUGACAGAAGAUCGCUCGCAAGUGCAGUGGCCUCACAUCAUGAUGUUUGGACUCGAUUCUGUGUGUGUGCCAAAGGACAAACUCUAGGUCAUCCUAGAUAUGUCCUGGCAUCCGACUGUAAUUCAAACAAGUGAGUGGGGAGGAGGGUUGGAUUAAAUGGUUUUAAUAACGGAGAAAGAAGGUGAAGCUGGAAAACUUCAGGAGAAUGGAGUUGCCAGAAGAAUGGGACCAGGCAAAAUUGAGCUUGAGACAAACAAAACAGCUAUGGACACACCUGUCAUAUCCUUCACUGAGGUCGACAAGAACAGUGAAGAUGGUGAGGAAUCAGGAGAAUAUGACGAGGCUGAUUACACACGAAAUUACUGGGAGGAUGAGGACGAUAUCUACCAGGAGUUUGAAGAACUGGACUUUGAGGCACUGUCGGAUAACUCGGACACAAGGAGCAUUGCAUCUGACGAUUCUUUCUACCCGCUUGACACUUCAGUGGAAUCUGGCGGUCUACGCUCACCGUGUCGCGGGAGCCCAGAGCCAAUAUCCUUCUUUAAGGCCUGCUGCAAUAACAACACCGUCAUCGUCAAGAUCAUGAUCAGACAAGGACUGACUGAGGAGGAAGUGCAGGAGACAGACCAAAACAGAAGAUCUGCACUAAUUGUGGCGUGUUACUACGGCUAUGUGGAUGUGGUCAUCGCCCUAGCUCAGUGUCCCUAUAUUGAUGUCAACUGGCAGGAUAAUGAGGGUAACACUGCUCUUAUUACAGCAGCGCAAGCAGGUCAUGUGUUCAUCUCUCACUACCUGCUAAACUACUUCCCUGGACUGGAUCUUGAGAGGAGGAACUGUCACGGUUUCACAGCUUUAAUGAAGGCCGCAAUGCAGGGUCGAGCCGACACGUGUAGAGCGCUCAUGCUGGCUGGAGGUGACGUGCAAGCCAGGGACAAUGGUCGCAGGAUAACCCCACGGGAGUGGGCUCUCUUCACUGGUCGCUAUGAGACAGCCUAUCAGAUGUAUCAGGUAAUGUUGAAGCCCUGUGCUGAGCAGUUCUGUGACUCCUUCAACCUGGAGUGGCCCUUGCUUGAGGAUCUGGUUGCCCAGGCUGAAGAGCCCAAGUCCUGCUGGAAGCGUUCGAUCGACCUUCUGUCCUGUUGCCCUUACAGAUUUUACCUUAACAACAAGGUGAACCCUGUGGAUGACGGUGUUCUCGAGCACAUGGUCCGGAUCACUACUAGUCUCAGCAGUCCAUUUGUUGCUACAGCCUGUCGGACUGUGUGCCCAGGAAGCCCCCCGUGCAUUGGGAAACGACGCUACGCAGUGCAGGAAAUUCUCAGGAGACAACGGUUGGAUGAGCUAAAGCACCUUGGCCCAGACAGGCUGAACCACUACAAGAGAUUUUUCCAGAACUCACGGGUCCUCCUUAUCCCCAAGGCAAGGGAUCGGCGGGCCAGCCUCCAGCCUCAGCUACUGAAUGACAUGGCGGCUGCAUCCACAGUGGCCAUAAGGCGGGCGAGUCUUCUACCGCUUCAUUUGCUGAGGAGGAGCAGUGUGCGACCAGGCAUUGUGAUACCAAAAGUGAGGCUAUGCAAAGCCCCAGAUCCUACUUUUAAGCCAGAAAAACUCAGACGGUGUAAGAACUAUAAUCACCUCCAAAUCCCAAAGUGGGAUUACAAAAUGAAGAGGGUAGAGAGAAAGAAGGAGGAGAGACUGUUACUACCGACAAGGCGAACAUGAGAGAGCGGCAAAUCGCAUUAUCUGAGAUCACUUGAUGCAACCAGACACUGAUGGUGUAGUGGUUCAUUCGCUUGACUUCUGUGCAGGUAGCGUGGGUUGAAUUUCCACUAAAAGGCAGUGCGAACAUGAGGACGAAUGGUUGUCUAUAUGCUGAAUGUGUACUGAGACUGACUGUGUACCAGUCAAGGAUGUAGACUUUGCCCAAAGUCAGCUGCGAUAGGCUCCAGCUCAAACAGGAUAAGCGGUAUGGAAAACGGAUGGAUGAAGUGACUUCCAACCACCAAAUACUGUAAACGCAUUUGAAGUCCUCACACUAUGGGAGAACUGGACAAUUAACCUGUCGAAGUGAGUUUUUCUCUUCUGCUUGCUAGGAUGGCUGACGUUGGAUCCAUUGCCUUGUUUCUACUUAAUUUGUUCACUCAACAUAUUCACAAUACUUUUUCUGCCUCACUUACGAUACGAUGAAUCAGGCCAUACGUAUGGAUUAAACUCUAAACACCAUGUUCUUGAUUGCUGAAUGAUAUUUCAUAGGGUACUGUUGUCUCAAACCGAAUGUGGCCAUUGUGCACUUAAUGGAAAUAAAAAGCUCCUUACUCCAUCUGA